UUCAAAACAAGCGUCACUUCCUGCUAAAGUUCAACGCGGGUUCUACGCAGAGAGUUUGAGAUGACCAGAAUAAAUUCAUUAGUUCGCCAUUAAUAACUCUAUUAGCCACACAUUCACUUGUUAUUGUAGUGAAGCUUUGCAACGAUGGGAGACGAUCCGGACUCUGUUCCAGAGAGAGAGAUGAAGGACUUCCAAUUCCGUCAGAUGAAGAAGAUCCGCGUGUUCGAGUCUUCUGCGGAUCUUCCCAAGGAGCGCUCCAGUCUCCUCACCAUCUCCAACAAAUAUGGCCUGACGUUCGCUGGCAGAGACAGGACGCUGAAAGUGUUCUGGACGAGAGACGUGAUCGCAGCCGGCCAUCUGGAGGGAAACCCCAAUGACACGGUGGAGUGCUCCUGCGUGGUCACAGUGGCUGUCGGCGUGGCGAUGCAUCACAUGGCUCUGAGCAGCGACGAGCUGACGCUGUCUGUGUGCAGGACGGGGGACGCUGCCGAGCUCACACUGGACUUCUACGACGUCCGCACCUUCCUCAACAAGGACAGACAGGAGAAGCGUCCCUUCACCUCUUUCAGACCCAUGGCCGCUGCAGACACGCUGGUCCAGGAUCUGAAGUGGAGUCCGGUGGACGCGUCCCGUCUGGCCGUGUGUCUGUCCGACGGCAGUAUGAUGGUGCUGGACGUUCAGGACUCCGUCAGUGUAGUCGCUCAACUUCCUGCCUCUGCGGGAAUCACAUGCGUUUGCUGGAGUCCCAAAGGGAAGCAGGUGUCUGCUGGGAAAGAGGACGCCACAGUGGUUCAGUUCACUCCUACCUUACAGGCCAAGAAGGUGAUUCCUUGCCCCAGCUUCUACAGUCAGGAUCACCCUGUCAAAGUGCUGGACGUGUUGUGGUUGAGCACGUUUAACUUUGCGGUGGCAUACGCAGCGGCUGAUGGGUCUCUGGAGACGCCGCCGGAGCUGGUGGUCGUCUCGCUGCCCAAAAAGGUUGAGAAGAGAGACGAGCGCUAUCUGAACUUCAAUGACCUGGUGUACGGCACCUGCACCGAGAGGCAGCAUCACUACUACCUGUGCCAUAUCGAGGACUGGGAUCUGGUUUUGGCUGCAUCGGCCGCUGCUAUUGAAGUCAGCAUUAUCGCUAAACAGGAGGACAAGGUGAACUGGGAGCUCUGGUUGCUGGAAGACGCCAGUCGAGCGGAGCUUCCUGUCACAGAGAACAGUGAGGACACACUUCCUGUGGGCAUGGCCAUCGAUUACACCAGCCAGGAGGACAUACACCUGUCUGAUGAGAAGAGGUUGCCUCCGGCGCCGACGCUGAUGCUGCUGUCUACAGAUGGAGUUCUGUGUCCCUUCUCUUUACUGAACCUCAACCCAGGGGUCAAACAGCUGACCAUGGCUGCCAUCCCGCUGCCCGAGGACAGAGAGAGAGCGCCUGCUGCCAAGUCAUCGUCCUUCUCUUCUGCUCCCGUCUCUGCAGCGUCCUCCAUCUUCCCAUCUUUCCCAGCAUCUUUUGGCACAGCCCCGCCCCCAGCCACCUUAUCCUUCACAGCCCCGCCCUCAGCAGCUACUGCUGCUGCCUCCUCGGUCCCGCCCACCUCAGUGUCCUCCACAAAUUUCUCCUUCUCUCUUCCUGCUCUGAGCUCUGCCGGUCCCUCUGGCUUCUCGCUGGGCUCCGCCGCGGCUGGUUUCUCCUUCAGCGCUCCCAAACCCUCCUCAUACGCUCCUGCCUUCUCCUUUACUUCCUCCUUCGCGCCGAAGGAGGUCAGCAGUGCUUCAACGGCCAUUCCUCCUCAGCGUCCGCCUGCCAUGUCUCCCAUCAUCAGCGGCCCCAAAGUGCCAGUGGAGCCUGCAACACCUGCUGUCAGGAUGAACCUCACUGACAGGUUUCUGGUGGUGGACUCUCUGGCGUCAGUCGCAUCUACUGCCCAGCCGUUUUCUUUGACCUCCACGCCCAAACCCGCAGCAGUGGAAGUCAGUGGCCCGACGACAGCAGCGCUCAAACCAGCCGCCCCUGCAGUAGUGUUGUCUCGGGACACUCAAAUCAGCGCUUCUCCAGCCGCUCCGCUGAAACCAGCCGCAGUCGCUCCUCCUGCGUCCAGCGCUCCGUCUACACAGGUCGUGUCUGUGAAAGCACUGGAGAAACACCUGCAGCAGAAGAAAGAAUCGGACCCCAUCAUGACUGGAAUACUGGAGGAGAUCGGACACUUUGAGAAGGAGCUGGACGAUCUGAACACUCGCUGCAGAAAUGCUGAUUUCAGGGUGGGCAGCACAGACGACAUGAAAGACCUGAGAAAAGACUCCGAGAACUUACAUGCCUUCACACUGGAGAUCAGAGACACCACAGAGUCUCUUCACGGGGACAUCAGCAUGCUGAAGACCAGCCUGCUGGAGGGUUUUGCUGGAGCGGAGGAGGCGCGAGCUCAGAGUGAACUAAACCGAGACAAAGACUACCUCCAGCUGCUCUACAAGAAACCACUAGACCCUCGACGAGAGGAGCAGCUCAAGGAAAUUCGCCACUUGUACCAGUACGUGAAGUUCGCCAUAGAGGACGUGAAUGCCGUUUUGGACAUGGAGUGGGAGAAACACUUGGAAAAGAAGAAGAAGAAACAGAGGCAUAUGAUCGCCCCAGAAAGAGAGGCUCUGUUUACAGCGCUGGCCAAUAACCUGGACAUCAUCAACCAGCAGAAGCAGCGCCUGGACCGGCUGGAGAGUGACCUGCACAAGCUGAGGCUCUGCAGAGGGACAUCAGUGUGGAGCUUCAUCAGCCAGACGCCCUCCACACCCUCAGGACAGAGUCUGGACAGUGAACUGGAGAGUUUGAAGGAUUCUCUUCUGAAGGCCAGUCUGGAAACGGCACCCAAAGUUCCUGCCAAAUCACCAUCUAAAAUGACCCCAGCCAAACAGUCUCAGCUGAGGAACUUCCUGUCAAAGCGGCAGACUCCACCGGUGCGCUCCACAGCUCCAGCCAACCUGUCGCGGUCGGCCUUCCUGUCUCCUCAGUUCUAUGAGGAUCUGGAUGAGGUGAGCUCCAGUUCGUCUCUGUCUCAGCCUCUGGAGCCCGAGGAUUCGCUGGCUGUGGCCGAGGAAGAGGAUGAGCCGGCUCCCAUCCCGGUGCUGACACCCGCUGUCCCGCGACACCCCGCGGUGGCCCGGACACCCUUCAUACAGCCGGGCUUCAGUAUGCAGUCCAGUCCGUUCAGCAGAGUUCAGACAGGUCCCGUCCCCAUCAUCAGCCCCGCUCCGAAGAUAAACAUGGACAGUGCCGAUAGCACAGCAUUAGCCACAAAAACAGUCAAGCAUGGAGCUCCGCCCACCACAAUCCCCGCCCCUCAGGCUGCAGGAAGAGCCGCCCUCAGCAGACACAUGACCAGCCAAAAACCAGGAGCGUCUCUGACAGAGUCCACACUCAAGACAGUCCCUCAGGUGGUAAACGUACAGGAACUGAAGGAUAAAGGUCCGCCCAUACCUGUGUCCACCAUCAUCAGCGCAUCUGUUCCUGCACCGGCGGCUCAGGUAGUUCAGCAGGUUCUGGCAACGGUGGAAGCUAAUAAAAAUUCAUUUCAAGGUGCGUUAAAGGUCCCAGCACCACUGGCAGGUCCAGCCCAGACUACAUCAGCUAGUUUUGUGUUUGGUGGAGCUGCUAAACCUGAUGCAGGAGCAUCUUCAUCCAUCAGUGAGAAGAACUCAAAGGGCUUUUCAUUUACUGCUCCGUCAUCGGGGUUCAGUUUCAACUCUCAAUCACAGGACACCAACAACACUCAAGCGAAGAGUUCUGGCCUACCAGGCAAGUUCUCUUUUGCAAGCAGCAUGGGAACAAAGAUGACGUUUGGUCCUGUGGGGUCUGAGGAGCCUUUUUCCUUCACUCCAAAAUUGGCAUCUCCUGCACACAGCGUGAGCUCCUCUACACCACCUCCUGAGCCAUCUAAACUCCCUCAAGCUCCCAAAACCCAGGGCAAUGCUGGAGAAACUCUCGGCUCCUUUUCUGGCUUAAGAGUGGGCCAAAGUGAAGAAGUAAAGGAAGCUCCCAAGACCACCUUGAGUUUCUCCUUUGGACCACCUGGCAGUGGAUCUACAGGAUUUGCAUUUGGUUCUGCACAAAUCAAGGCUGCGGAAACUGGAAGUUUAUCAGAAUCAACAGGUGCUGCAGCAGAGGCUCCAAAGACGACUACGGCACAAGGAUUUGGCACACCUACAUUCACCUUUAAACCACAGGAGGGAACUGCUCCUUCAGAAAAGCCAACUUUCACCAUUCCCUCGACAUCUUCCUUUUCUACAGCUGCCACUUCUUUCGGCAGUCUUCUGCAUGCACCUCUGUCAGAAACGCAAACUCUUCCAACAAAGUCCCUCCAGCCAGAGACAACGACUUCAACUGAGCCAGCUCCCUCCACUGAUACUGAACCUAAGGAACCUCCAGCAGAACCCAGUCCUAAACCACCAACCUUAAGUGCUCCAUCAGCCGUACCAGUCACUGAAGCCCCUGCUCCCACCAGUACCGAGCCCACUGCAGCUCCUUCCAACAAGCCCCCAUCUCCUCCAACUCUCGGAGUGUCGCCCACUCCUCCUCCCUCAGUUACCCCACCAUCCGAGAUGUCGGUGCCUGUUUCUGAGCCUCCUGCAGCAGAGCCAGUGUCUGAUCCUCCCCCCGAGACCACUAGCACUUCCACAGCUACUCCUUUACCCCAAGAGACACCAGCAACCACCUCAUCUUCAGCUCCAGUGUCUGACAAACCAGGCUCAAUCUUUGCCCCACCUUCAAGUGGCACAGACAGUCUGACAGUAGGAGCCAUCAGUCUUACCAGUGUCGUCGCUACAGCGGCCUCCUCCAUCCCAUCUGCAGCCAUCACCACCAGCACAGCUCCAACCCCAGGCCCAGUUUUCAGACAACCCACUUCCGUCACUCAGACCACAGCAUUCGGAUCUACCGUCUUUGGUGCCAAUUCUACCACCUCUGGCUUUGGCAAACCUGCCUUUGGACAGAAUCCCGGUGCAGGUUUUGGCCAGCCUGCAGCCUCUGGAUCUGCUAGCAGCUUCACUUUUGGUCAGCCGGCAUUUAGCGCAAGUUCUGGGUUUGGGCAGCCAGCUGCGGCCUCCACCACAUCAGCCACCAGCAGCGGAGGAGGAGGACUGUUUGGAUCCUCUAGCGCCAACAGUGCCAGUUCCUUCUCCUUCGGAGCCAGCGGCACCAGCUCCACAAGCUCCACACCCAGCACUGGCACUGGGCUCUUUGGCCAGAGCAGCGCUCCUGUCUUCGGACAGUCCAGCUCAGGCUUUGGCCAGGGAUCCAUGUUUGGGAGCAACACCACCACAGCAUCCUCCUCUGGAUUCGGCUUUGGACAACAAUCAAUGUUUGGCAGCAGCACCUCCACCUCAUCAGUGUUUGGACAGCAGGCCAGCGGAGCCAGCGGAGCCGGCGUCUUUGGACAGGCUCAGUCCAGCGGAAGUCUGUUCGGGUCAAACACCGGAAACACUUCAUCAGGAUCAGGAUUUUUCAGUGGUCUUGGAGGAAAACCCAGUGAAGAUGCUGCCCAUAGAAACCCGUUUGGAUCGCCAGCCACAGGUGGAUUCGGUCAACCCAUUAAUACAGCAGGUCCAUCUAACCUGUUUGGGAGCAGCGGAGCGACGGACUUUAGUUUCGGCAGCAGUUCGUUUGGUGAACAGAAAGCCAGCGGUUCAUUCAGCUCCGGCACGGGGUCUGUGGCUGCACAGGGUUUCGGGUCGUUCUCUACACCCACCAAACCAGCUGGUUUCGGGGGCGCGCCAGUCUUCGGCAGUCCUUCUACCUUUGGUGGAUCUCCAGCGUUCGGCGGAUCUGCGGGGUUUGGCUCCACCCCUUCCUUCAACAGUCCGCUGGGCUCCGCCUCGGGGAAGGUGUUUGGUGAGGGAACCACGGCCGCCAACGUUGGGGGAUUUGGGUUUGGGUCUCCUCAGAAUACGUCAUCGUUCAGCUCUCUAGCGGGUUCGAGUAUGGCGGCGCCGUCGUUCGGGAGUCUGGCGCAGCAGCAGCCACCGCCGCCGUCGGGAUUCGGCACUCAGAGCGGCGCUUUCUCCGGCUUCGGCUCGUCUGGAGGUUUUGGAGGUUUUGGGAACACUAACACUAACGCCAACCAACCCUCGUCUCAGACGUUCAACAGUUGGAGGAGUUGAUCUGCGGACACUGACGUCAUCUGAUCUGAUCUGCUGUGAUUUUAUAGUGCACGCAGGAUUGAAUGUGCCAUGAGGUUCAUGUUCUUAACAUGUGCUGAUGUCCUCCUGUUUUAUGUUCAGUGUGUUUGUUCUGUUUUAACUGCACAAUGUGAAAUAAACUCAAGCGCUGUUGACUGUACUUUUCAUUUCUGUGCUUUACUGUCACACUGUAAAAAAUAUUCAGGCAAUAUUUAGGCCUCUAUUUGAAAUUCAUGUAUUUCAAUGGCAUAAAAGACUAAUAAAAUUUAUGU